GCGACCCAAACAAACCGAACCGCCCCCGACCGACCCAGCCGACGGCGGACGUCAGCGAGAAUGGAAAUGACUUCUAUUUGAGUACUUGCGUUAUUGAACGGCUACCAAAUCAUCUUUUCACCAUCGCAACUCUUCUUGAUUGUAAUGCUCCGACGGCACGCGCGAGCUAUCAAAGCCACGGGGGCUUUCCUCCUCUCCUCUGGAGGCGUCUGGGUGUGUUACCAAGUUCAUACCACUAUGAGCAUCAUUAAUGAUAUACUUCACACAAAUAUUCUUGAUUAUGGCCAGAAGAAAGUUGAAUAUAUUUACUGGAAGGACUUGUUGCAUCAAUCCUAUCUAUCAUCUUUACGUGAUGAUCGGGAUGUAACGGGAAACGAAACAAUGCUGGAGACCAAUGUGCUUCUUAGAUGGUGGAUUGCUGCGCAAAAGGCUUUAGCAUGGCGCCUGUUGCAUGUGGUAACGGCGGGAAACAAGUAUGAAAAGCAAAGAGCAAUAACUUCCCUUGCAAAUCUUAAAAAUUUGAGUGACUGGGACUAUCAGAUGUUAGCUCAAGCAUGUGAUGCUCAGACAGCUGUGGGUUUGGCUCGCUCGGAAGGUAGUGAUAUGAGUUUCUUCCUUAAGCCGCCCAAAUUCUUUAAAAAGGCUCUCCAGGGAAAGGAACUAAAGGAAAAAGUUGUGGACAUGUUACAAGCUAUGGAGAAUAUUCACCAUCAUUCAUGUUUGGAGAAUUUCUUGUCUACAUAUGAGCGAAAAAAGUGGAGAGCGCACAGUCAUGAAGAUUCUCCAGGCAUGUCCCUGUCUCCGCUUCUGGAAGAUGAGCUUGUAGGAAAGGCACUAGAAACUCUGGCCCACCAUUGUCUUCUAGAUAACAAUGCUGCAGAUCUACUCAACGUCGGUGCCCUGCCAGUUUUGAUGGAGCUAGUUCAUUACUUUGAGGGCAACUCAAAAGUGCUGUCUGAGAUAUUUUCAAUAAUGUCUUGCCUGUCUGCUGUUCCUGGUGCUUUGAAGGCUUUUCAUACCUCUGGUUGGAUAGGUGCUUUAGCAAAGUGGAGUCGUCAUUCAGAUGCAUCUAUAGCUUUGCCAUGUGUUAAAGCCUUAGCAAACCUUGAUGAAGACUCUCUUGAUAGCACAUUUUAUCCGCACAGAGUGUUUCCUUUACAUCCACCAUUUAGAAGCAAUGGAGAUCACAAAGCUGAUGUUAUAUUUGUACAUGGGCUUUUGGGAACAAUUUAUGUCACCUGGAGACAGAGGGACUCGUUCAAACUGGAUAGUCCAAUUGUGGAUACACCUCCAGCUCCCUCCUUUUGGUCAAGCUUAUUUAUGAAUAUGGGCUGGAAUGGCUCUAGCAAAGUUGAAGAUACAAAGAGUGAGACCCCAGAAACAAGCCAUUUAAAAGCCCAGCAAUACUCAAACCAACUGCUUAACCUGACCAAAGAAGACUAUGAAUUGCUUGGGAGUGAUUUUGAGUAUGUAUUAGCAGAUCUACCCACUUCAGCACUACGCAGUAAACAGGAACCGUAUAGCUUGUUUGGUGUCAAAGGCUUGACUGAAGAACUUUCUAAAGUAGGUCCCUAUUCCCGAUGCUGGGCCAGAGAUUGGUUGCCUAAUGAUUGUCCCAACGUGCGAGUUUUGGGAAUCAACUACACUACAACUUUGUCCCAGUGGUUCCCUAAGUGCCCAAACCAGAAUAUGAAAGCAAAGAUGGCUGACCGCAGCAUUGAAUAUAUGCAAAUGCUUCACAAAGUUGGAGUGGGGACAAGACCCAUUAUUUGGGUAACACAUUCUAUGGGGGGUCUACUUGUAAAGCAUAUGCUUAUCUCAGCAUAUGAAAGUGAGAACAAGGAUUUACACAAUAUAUUCCGUAAUACAAAAGCAAUUGUAUUCUUCAGCUGUCCCCAUCUAGGGUCUGAAGUUGCUGACUUGAAAAUGACGACCGAAAAGUUAUUUUGGCCGUCUUUAGAAGUGCAAGAAUUAAGAUACAGAUCUGCUGCCCUUGUAGAUUUACACCUUCGAUUUCUUCAGCUCCUUGAAGUGUCACGCAUGUCUAUACUCUCAUUCGCUGAGACAAAAGCCACAAGUGUGACUGCCAUGAGGUUACCUGUCAACUUUGUUCAGCCUCAUUCUGCAGAUCCUGGAGUAGGAGAAUUUUUUGAGAUCCCUUUGGAUCACAUUGACAUUUGUAAACCCGUAGGGAGGCAUUCCUUUUUGUACCGGAAAGUAAUUGAGUUAAUUAAUCAGGUUCUCAUUGGUCAGUAAUUUUGUGAUUAUGAGAGUUCAAUUUUUUUUAUCUUUUAUCUCUAGUCACUUUGGAUCUAGAUAGACCUGUUCUGAAGAGUUAUUGAUGGCUGUAUGGUAUUUUUUAAGUGUGUGUUGUGAUAACUUAUUAUUGACUUUGAAGAAGCAUGAGGACUCCCCUGUUGCAUGGAGGAGUUAAAAUCAGAUCUAGUUAUUAGGUGCUCUUUUGAGUUGGCAAUGUAGUACUACUUUUACCACUCUAAUUGUGACUUGCCAAUCAGUAUUUUUUCCUACUUUGUAACAAUUUUUCUGGCCUGUACUCUAUUGUUAUCCCCUUUAUUUAUUUUUCUUGGUAUUGUUCAGCAAGAUAAAUUAAGCAUAAUCUCUUUAUGUGCCAAUUUUAAAUGUGACUGAUGUGAUGAAUAAAGACUUGCAUUUUUUGUUUGGCACAUUAAAAUAA